AUGGGUCUGCUCAGCGGCGCCGGUUCCGCUUUGCUCAGCGCCCCAGCGCUCAACUUUUACCACCACGACGGCUGGCGGCUGGCGUUCCGCCAUCGGCCUGCCGCCAAGGGCCACGAGCAGGACGCACCUCUGCUGCUCAUUCACCCAGUCGGCGUCGGCCUCUCUGCCUGGUUCUGGGAGCGAAUGAUGGACCGCUGGGACGGUGGCGCCGUGUACGCGCCAGAUCUCAUAGGCUGCGGCGCCAGCGAUGAGUGGGCUCCCGACGAGCGAGGCAUGUUCCUUCCUCUCGACUGGUCCCGCGGCGUGGAGGCGCUCUGGCAGCAGCACGUCCGGCAGCCGUGCGUUGUCGUGGCGCAGGGAGGGCUCGCGCCGGUCGGCGUGCAGCUCGCAGCGCGGGAAGCCGACGAUUGGAGCGGCGCAGCGGCCGUCUCUCGGCUCGUGCUCGCUGCGCCGCCGACGUGGGCCGACAUGACGACCGCCGUGCCCGAGGCGGAUCUGCGGCGCAACUACGACGCGCUCCGAUCUCCGCUCGGCGACGCUGCGCUCGGGACGAUCGAGAGCCGCUGGGCGAUCCGCACGUUCUCCGACCUGUUCCUCGGAAAGGAUCACCUGACUCAGGCGUGGCUCGAGGCGGCGGUGGCGGGCUGCGGCCAGCCACGACGCGCGCCCAUCCAGGCCUUCAACGCAGGCUUGCUGCAGGCGCGCUCCUUCGAGCCGGAGCUCACCUCGCUGCGGCAGCCCACCCUCGUGCUGGCCGGCAGGCGCACUCCCAUCGCCGCGGGGAUCGGACGCGUCCGGACGUGCCGGCUGGAGACGAUUCGUGGCGCCAACGUACUGCCUUGGGAGGCGCCCGCCGAGACGUGCGCGACGAUCGCGAAGUUUUGCGCGGAUUAG